AUGCUCGAUAGUCAAAGCGAUAUCGCGUACACCGCCCAGGCAACAGGCCGACAUCCCGCGAAAUCGCAAGACACGCCCUUCCUGUUCACUCACGCUGUCCAAGCUAUCAAGAAUGGAGAUCCGAUUGAAGAUGUCGUGCAAAGACUCCUGUCUGAGCUUACCAAAACUGAGCGCCUACAUCUGCUCGAUGGGGAUGACGAGUUCUGGGUCGGACUUCGCAAGAUCAUGUGCGACCGUUACAACAAAGUUCCUUUUGUUCACGGAGAAGUUUCCCGCCUAGGAAUCCCAGGUGUUCGCUUCUCAGACGGCCCCCGCGGAGUCGUCAUGGGUUCCUCGACAGCAUUUCCCGUCUCUAUAGCCCGCGGGGCGACUUGGGAUGUUGCCCUCGAGCGCAGAAUCGGCAAUGCCAUAGGCCUCGAGGCUAAGGCUCAGGGUGCAAACUUCUUCGCCGGUGUUUGCGUUAACCUCCCGCGCCAUCCAGCAUGGGGUCGCAUUCAAGAGACCUAUGGUGAAGAUCCGUUGAUCCUCGGACAUUUUGGGCUUGCUCUCACGGAAGGAGUGCAGAAUCACAUAAUGGCAUGCGUAAAGCACCUCGCACUCAACUCCAUGGAGAAUGCUCGAUUUCGAGUGGACGUCAAGGUCUCUGAUGAUGUGCUUCACGAAGUCUAUCUGCCACACUUCCGACGCAUCAUUGAGGGUGGAGCCGCCUCCGUCAUGUCGGCAUAUAAUUCCGUCAAUGGAGAAUGGGCUGGCCAGAAUAAGAGGCUACUCACCGACAUCCUACGCGGCCAGUGGGGCUUUGAUGGGUUCACUAUUUCUGAUUUCAUCUUCGGCCUCCGGGAUGCAGCGCUUUCAGUUAAGAACGGCCUCGAUAUCGAGGCUCCCUUCAAACAACAGCGUGGACUCCACUUGAGCUCGGCAUUGGAAUCGGGAGAGCUUCAGUGGAGAGAUAUCAAUCAGGCUUGCUCCAGAAUAUUGAAAAAAGAGCUCGAGUUUGAGAUCAAAACUGAAGGCAGCAAUCCGGACUCGUCGGUCGUGUUCUGUGAGGAGCACCGAACGUUGGCGAGAGAAGCAGCAAGUCGGGCUGUUGUUGUUCUCAAGAAUGAUGUCGUUGAUAAGUUCCCGCUACUCCCGCUGGAUACGCAGAAGCUAUCCAAAAUUGCAGUCUUGGGCCGCCUCGCCAACGUCGGCAACACGGGUGACCGAGGCUCCUCACAAGUCUUCCCACCUCACAUAGUGACGGCGUAUGAAGGUCUCAAGACCGCGUUCACCGACACUGAAGUCUUACUAGAGGAUUCUGACUCGGUUGAAAAAGCGAGGGAAGUUGCGUCACAAGUAGAUGUGGCCAUCUGCAUCGUGGGCUACGACGCCGCCGACGAGGGCGAGUAUGUCGUCCCAUCACUUCAAAAUGACCCUUUACUGGGUGACCUUCUUCCGCCCGUCAAGGCCGAGGAAGAGCAGAAUACCCUGAACAUCAUGUACGGAGGCUCUUCCAAUGGACUAUCAAGCUCGGCUCUCGAGGUGGGAUCAGGUGGUGAUCGAAGAUCAUUGAGACUCCGCCCGCGUGAUAUUGAGUUAAUAACGGCAGUGACUGCCAAAAACCCGAGAACUAUUGUCACCAUAGUCGCUGCAGGUGCCGUCAUAUUGGAAGACUGGAAGUCCAAGACCCCGGCGCUGCUCAUGAGCUGGUACGCGGGCUCCGAAGGCGGGCACGCUUUGGCUGAUGUACUGCUCGGUCGAGUGGAUGCUAGUGGCAGGUUGCCUUUCAGCAUCCCCCAAGACGAGUCUCAUCUGCCAUACUACAAUAUCGAAGCUUCGGAGAUUUCUUAUGAUCGUUGGUUUGGACAGCAUCUGCUGGACAAGCUUGGUGUUGCGGCCUCUUUUCCCUUUGGAUUCGGCAUGUCCUACUCUACAUUCGGUAUCUCAGACCUCCAUAUCGCGAUGCUCGGCUCAGGUAUUGCAAGCAAUAACCGAGAGUACUUUCUGGUACAUCUUAAGGUCGCCAACACGGGCAACAGGGACGGCAGAUAUAUUGCUCAGGUGUAUGGGAAGCCAAAUCAGCCGGACUUUCCAUCCCGAGUUCUCCUCGGCUUCUCGCCAGUCGACCUAGCUGUUGGCGAGUCCAAGAGUGUUUUGAUUGAUGCAUCACUACGCCCCCUGCAACGGUGGGUGGAAGGAAAGUUUACCCUUCCGAGCGGUCCAGUCGUUGUUGAGGUUGCAUCCUUCGCCAGUGACCCAGGCGCCUUAAGAUCAACCAUCGAUUUGUGA